AUGCCCUCUCUUCCGUUCGCAGACCGCAUCUCCUCGGCGUCCAACAUGCGAGGCAACGGCGACAACGGCGAGGAGGAAUCGCUCCUCGGCCGUGGCCGGGAAAAGGCGCGCCGCUUCUGGGACGGCUUCGUUGAUUUUGCUCUGCAGGGCAACAUCCUCGAGAUCGCCUUUGGCUUGAUCAUCGCCGCCGCCUUUACCACUCUCGUCAACAAUUUUGUGCAGAACAUCAUUAUGCCCCCCAUUUCCGUCAUCCUCCCUCUCAAUCGCAACAUGGAGCAAAAGUUUGCCGUCCUCCAGGGCGGCCCCAACUACACCCAGAGCGGGUACACAACCCUCGAGCGCGCAAAGGAUGACGGUGCCGUUGUUCUGGCCUAUGGCUCGUUUCUCAACCAACUCGCGUCGUUCCUCUGCAUCGGAAUCUCCCUCUACGGUCUGGCCCACAUCUUCCAAUUCUUCUCCCCAGAGCCGAUCAUUAAGCAUACCGUUAAAUGCAGAUACUGUCGAAAGCGUAUCAGCAGUAAGGCAAGCGCAACGUUGCGUUAA